CAGGCAGACACGAAGAACCUGUUCUGCUGUGCUGCUUACGCUUCUUUCUGUGAAAACAGAGUUCAUUUCAUCUGCCACAUCAUUGUGGAGACUUUCAAGUGUGGGUUUCUUCCCCUUAACAAGAGACUCCUUGACAGGACAGUUAUCUAGCUGGGACAAGAAUACCUUUGAAUGCCCUUUGUGGGUUUGAUUUGUUAAAAACUGUUUGGCUUCUUGUGAAAAGACGCUCACGGUGCAAGGCAGAGAUGGAUCCUUCUGAACUCCAGGCCCCAGACUUGGAAGCAGUGAAAAAAGGGACAAAUCCAGAGAUGGUGUGUUCGAAGUCCAGGGGCCGGAACCACCAAAAGGCAGAGAAAAAAGAUUCAGGGUUUGGCUCUGAUAGAUCUGUCUCGCCUCAAUCUCGUGCUGGAUCAGUGGAGAAAAAGUCUAUGAGUAAACCAGACAGCGAUAAAGGAGAGCACAGAGACAACAGAUCAGAGAAAAUCAACACUCAUCGUAAACUAGAAAGGACGCCGUCUGUUCCGUGGACAGUGAAUUCACCUUUCCAAGAUUCCAGACCUCAGUCUACCCGAGCUGAUUCCCUUGUAUCAGGCUGCCAGUCUAUGAGGAGCAACAUUUCAAAACGUCAUCCACCUGGUUUCACAGCAGCACUUUCAGGCGCCUGCAGGCAUGAUGAAGAAAGUGCAGACUCAGAAGAAGACAGUUUUGAUUCCAUGGAGACUUUCCCUGGCCUGAAGGAUGACCACCCAAGUAGUGACAGUUCUAGUUCUAAUCAUUCGGACUCGGAGCAGCCUACAGAGUGUGUCAUUCCAGAGCCCAGUGAUGUGAGCAUCCUAAAUGAGACCAAGAAGAAACUAAAGGAAAGAUAUAAAGAGCAGCUGAAAUACAUUUCUGUAAAAGCAGAAAAACACAGGAGUCCCAUUUUACUGAAUGAUGUCUAUACAGAGCCCUACAUUACACAAGAAGAAGAGGAAGAAGAAGGAAGCCCUGCACAUGAAAUAGGAGAGCCAAAGGCAAUGUCCAUGCGAGUAAGGUUAGAAGAGCUUCCAGUUAAAUGGAACAUCUUCGAACAACCACCUGAACAGCGGAAGCAUAUCAAAACCAUGCUCACCAAGGGAAUAGCCGGCAUUGGCAAAACCAUAUGUCUACAGAAGUUUAUUCUUGACUGGGCUGAAGGGAAAACCAACCAGGAGAUCGAUUUGAUGCUCGCACUUUCUUUGCAGAAUUUAAACCUGAAGAAAAAGGAAAAUGUCAGUUUAACCGAGCUCCUGCAUCACUUCUUCCCAGAAGUAAAGCAGAUCGAUUUGAACACAGUCAGAAUCAUGCUCAUUUUUGAUGGCCUGGAUGAAUAUCACCUUCCUCUAGAUUUCCAACACAAUACUAACUGGUGUGACCCCAACAAGCCUACAGCAGUUGAUGUGCUGCUGACAAACCUCAUCAAAGGAAAUCUACUGCCCUCUGCCCUCCUCUGGGUAACGUCUCGACCGAGGGCGGCAAUUGCAAUACCUUCAGAGUAUAUCCAGAAGGUCACAGAAAUCCACGGGUUCACUGAAGCCCAGAAGGAGGAGUACUUCCACAAGAGAAUCAGCGAUAAAACUAAAGCCAGUAGAAUCAUCUCACACAUCAACACAACCAUGAGCUUCCAGAGAAUGUCCCACAUACCAGCGUACUGCUCACUCUCAGCAGCUGUUCUACAGGAUACUCUGGAUGAUACAAAUGCUCCUCAAACACUUACGCAGAUGCUUACUUGCCUCCUACAAGCAGACCUGCAGUAAAAAGGCCACACAGAUUAUGAAUGAGUUUGAAACACUGAGCACCCAAAAACAUGUUAAACGAAUAGACAUCCUUCUGUAACCUGAGCCAUCAGCUUUAAAUGAAACCCAUCCUAUAAAAACGGGACUUGCUUUCAUUCUUUCCAUGUAAUCUGAUGGCAAGUGUCAUUUUGAAAUCAGACCUUUGUUAGUCUUUGUUUAUCUUAUUACUUGCUUGCUGUAAAGUAAGAUCACCACUUGGUUCCGUUUAGUACUGUACUGAAUACUGCAGCUGUCCAAUUGUCUCAGUGACUGCACUUUCUGACUGGCUGCACUUAAAUCCUUAUUUUGCACUUUGCUUUAAUUAAUUACUUUUCUGUUUAACUUAUUUAGUACUUAAUGUAUUUUCCUCUGAGUUAAGCUUAAUUAUGGCCAAACACCCAAUAGUCAAGCUGUUAUUAAUGGAGCACAAAUACUAUGU